ACUUGAGAGUUAAUACUCUCAUGAGGUUCAUGGCACUCAUGAUUUGAAUCACGAUGGAUUGUAUGUCACAGCAAUAACUCAAUCGGCUUGCUCAUUCAAUUUCCCUCAACAGUUCACCGUCUCCUUUUGUUCUUUAAAAAGCCACCAAUUAGACCAUUUUUCCGUAAAGUGGCCUUGAAAAUGGCGAAUGAGCUGAUUUUGGUUAUGGCUAUGGCUAUGGUUAUGGUUGCAUUUGCAGGCUGUGUUACUGCAAGAACUGCCCCAAAUGAUGGGGCAAAAAGCGUCAGUGACCAAAAAAACUUCGUCAACUAUGGUGGGGUUGGUGGCUUCUCUGGCAUUGGUGACAGUGGACUCCCCUUUGGAGGGGCUGGGGGCGUUGUCGGGUUCGGCGGUGGCAGUGGCAUUGGCGGACUUGGAGGGGGCGGUGGCAUUGGUGGACUCGGAGGGGGUGGUGGCUUAGGUGGGCUCGGCGGUGGCAUUGGCGGACAUGGAGGGGGUGGUGGCUUAGGUGGGCUCGGUGGUGGCACUGGUGGACUUGGAGGGGGUGGUGGCUUAGGCGGGCUCGGUGGUGGCAUUGGUGGAUACGGUGGGGGUGGCGGCUUAGGCGGGCUCGGCGGUGGUAUUGGUGGAUAUGGUGGGGGCGGUAUCGGAAUUGGAGUUGGUGGAGGAUUUGUUAAGAUCCCUUAAGUAAACUUGGAGUUUUAUAAAUUUAGCCUGUUUAAAUGUACUUUGUAAUGUUUGGAGUCCGUUUAGGUUUUUUUUUUUUUUAAAUAAUAAUUUAUCGUGAUCAUAGAUUUAAAUCUAUAAUCUUUUCAUCAGGUUCGUUUAGUGUUAGAAGAAAAACGACACGAAAGUGUUUGUUUCAUCAUCUUAUUUACUAUUUUAUUAGUCAAGGAUGUGUGAAGCAUAUUUGGUAAUACCCUUUUAGGAAUUUCGUUACAAUUUUAUUAAAUUCCUAUUUUGCCC